CCACCUACCCUUCCCACUCUCCACACACAACUGUGCCGCGCAUUCAUUGGAGACAGAGACGUAUGCUCCUACUCUUACACUAUUACUACUACUUCCUUCAGAUGGAUCAACUCAUGAAACCCUAGAAGGCAAGCAAAAGGAAGCAAAAAGCAUUAGCAUUAUUAUCACUAAGAAAAAACAAGAGCAUGAAGGGUGAGCAGAAAAAAAUGACAGUAGUGGUAGCAGGGUUGCUGUGGGUGUUUGUGUUGGGUGUGGGGGCGUCGGAGGAAGGAGAUUUGGCAGCGCAGUGCAACCUGCUGGUGCAGAAAGUGCUUCCGUGUCUGAGCUUCGCGACGGGGCAGGCGGCGGUUCCGACGAAGGAGUGCUGCUCGGCGACGUUGGAGAUAAAGAAGAGCGACCCGAAGUGCCUGUGCUUUGCGAUCCAGCAGACGCAUAAGGGGAUCCCUGAGGCGAAGAGCAUGGGCAUUCAAGAGGGUAGGCUCCUUCAGCUCCCUUCUGCCUGUAACUUGAAGAACGCCAGCACCACCGAUUGUCCUAAGCUUCUGGGUCUAUCUCCAAACUCCCCUGACGCUGCCAUGUUCAGGAAUGGUUCAUUGAAAAUUAAUUCGACUUCAACGUUGGGAACUGCAAGACCACUCUCAGACACCCAGAAGGCCUCGUUUGGAACCAUGCUUCUUCCACCUCCUCUCACGCCACCACACCUAGCUGCACUGCUUUGCGCCAUUCUCCUCCUUCUCACGACUUUAAUUUAAUGCUCACGCAACACCACAUCAGCACCUUAAAGUUGGUAGCUCUUUUGCUAUUACUCAAAGUAACUGCUAGUGAUGGAUCAAUUUAAUUAUUUGCAGGUUGCACCAUGCUCUGUACAAUUACUUUAUUUGCAUCUGUAUCAUUUUAUGUUUGCUGGCUUCUCUA